AUGCCAAAUAACCAACUUUCGCAAGUAUAUCAAGUGAUAAUCCAAGAUUUGGAGGAAGUACUCGAAUCAAAUUUCUUUAAAGAAGAUACGACGCGUGUUCUGAAGGACAUUAGAGACACUUGGGUUGGACUGCGUGUCGCUUACUUCUGGCGUAUGAGGACUGCGGUCGCUCAUAUGACCCUGAUCGGUGGCAAACUUGGGGACUGCGGUCGCUCAAGUUUGGAAGUCUGGGGACUGCGGUUGCUUGGACCUAAACCACUCCUCCCCAAUCGUUUCGAGCUAAUUCGUACGUGGAAAAAACAACGCAUUAGAUUCUAUAAAAAUGUAGAAACGAUCAACAAACAAAAGACCGGUCGCGAAGUUCAGUUUCAAAAGUGCGUCACGAAAUAUCAAGGAGGUAUCGCUAAAGUUACCAACGCGGAAGUUGAUAAGUGGGCUAAAGAAUCGGGAGAACCUUCAGUCCGCAGAUCGCCUCGACCAAUGAAACGCGUUAACUACGCUGAAGAUAAUUCAGACGAAGAGAGGAAGAUGAGGAGAGUAAAUUCGCAAUCGACGGAAUCUCCACAACCUAGAACCCCACCGCAAGCUCCUCGGGUUUUAACUCCAUUGAAAACAACUCCGAAUAAGCGACCGCGGAAUAAAGAGGAAAUUCAGCGAUAUUCCGAAGAUAUCUCUGUUAUAUGUGCUUUUGAUAAAUCUGUUUCGGAGUUGACCUUAGAAAUCGGCGAGGAGCUUGCCAUUGAGCUAUCCUCUAUUCGUGACAUCAAUCCUGCUGUGUGGUCGGAUGCUCUGGAAAAAUACGUUGAUACUUCUCUUAAAGAAACUGGAAAAAAAUUCAAAACUGCAAUUCAGGUUGAAGUUCUGAAUGAACCAUUUCGGUUAUAUUGCGAAAAAGUUCUUCUUGAUUUUUAUAAUCUUGUUGAUGUAAACUCUACAAUGGACCGAAAUAUAGGCGAACGGAAAUUUAUUACAUAUCAAAUCUCAUCGAUUUUAAAAUUUUAUGAGAGGACGUUUUUGAAUCUUAACUUCGAUUGGAUUGAAAGCCAUGCAUCUUCGGCAAAAAUAACAAAAUCCGCAACAAAUUCAGGCAUAGUUAAAGUAGAUUCAAAGGCAACUCGGUAUUCAGAUGGACAAGAAGUUUGGCAUAUGGAAGUGGCCGGUGGACCGUGCAAAACAACAGACUUACAUACCCUUGCUUUAAUCCCUUUCAGCUUCAAUGGUCGAAAUCAAUAUAAAGCUCUUCUCAGAAUGAUGGCUAUCUUUCAUGAUGAGAUAACAAAACAAGAAGAACUAAUGGGCGAGAUUGAACGAUCUGUACUUCGAUCUAAAGGAACAACAGUUCGUCAUGUAUUAAAGAUUCCCGAUGAAUUGUUUAAGUGA